GGUCAUUGUACAACAUGAAUGGAGGGAUGAUUGGCUGCCGAUGCUUAUUACACUUAAACAACACUUUAUUCAGUACUUAAACCUAAUUCUACCCUCUCCACAAGAUGUUACCAUCCCAUCAAGUUACAUAUCCACCGCAGCUGAAGGCAAUCUAUUGGAAGUUCUCAACUUGUCACUCAAUGUAUUUGACAAGCACUUUAUUGACCGAAACUUUGACCGUACUGGUCAGCUUGUGAUCAUAAUCACAUCGGGUGCAGGUGUCUUUGAAGUGGAUAGAGAGCUUUGUAACCUGACCAAACAACGUAUGAUAGACUACG